GCCGGCUCAGUCCUUCCCUGACCGAGCAGAAGGAAGGACGUGCUGCUGCUCAGCUUCGGGGCCUCCACGUGGCCGGCUGGGUACCCGAAUCGGAAGCCGGAGCAGGAGGCCCAUGGGAGCGGAACGUCGGGGAGCAGUGCAGCGGCCCUUCGAGCGAGCAGCGGAUUGGAGCGGCUCGGCGGCCAGGGCCUCUGUAGCCCGGCCGCCUGUGGUAACGGGCUCUGGGGGGAUCACAGGAGAGGCUUUUAAGUCCUCCUCGGAACAGCCUUUGAUCUUCGGGCCUCUCCACACAAGGGCUUCUAGGCCCCGGCAGGCCCAAGCUGCCCGGCAUCGAGUGAGGGCAGCAGGCCGCCCCAGGCCCUCAGUAGGCCGCGCCAGGCCUUCAGCGGGGGGGCAAUUGACUAACCCGGUCAUCUGGGGGGAGGGUUGAUUGGACGUUGGGGGUGUUGGCUUGAACUGUGUGAACCCCUUCAACCCAGGGCCCGUUUAGGCCUUCUGCUAAGGGCGGCCUUUGCCUUUAUUGUCGGGCCUGUAGGGCCUAACCCCCCCCACACACACACCCAUUUGGGGGGCCUGCAUUGACUAGGUCUCCCUGGUGGGCUCGUGGGCCUCCCCUGCCGGGCCUAAGCUCCAUUUGGGGGCCUUUCAGUGGGGCUGGGCCUUACCACGGCUAGGUGGGGCAGGCGCUGUGACUCAUAGGCCUUCCUUGCCAGCGUAGGCCUCAGUCAGGCCUUGCGCCGGCCAGGUCACUCGUUUACGCACUUGAGGGCAGGGUACAGGCCCAUAAGCUUCAUCCUUUGGGACAUGGGCCCUAAGAAAGCCCCAGUUAAGAAAGCCCCAGUUAAAAAGGGUGGGAAGGCUCCAGCCAAGAAGGGUGGCAAGCCAACGCGGCCACCUAAGAGGCCAAACGCACCCGCCGAAUCCUCCUCCGACGAUGAGGGCGAUUUGGAACUGGGCGCCAUCAGGGCGUUUAUAGCAUGGCUGCAGGCCCUUGAGAGGCAGCGCACCACUCUAGAGGGCGACGAGGCGGGCGGGGGGCCUUCGGGGGUGCCCCCACAUGCAAAAAAGUCAAACAGGGCGGAAAAGAAGGCAAAACUAAUGCAGGGCUUUGCUGACCGUCUAGCAGCUUUGGAGGCGGCGGCGGGAACUGCCCACGAGGAACCAGCGGGGAUCACGACACAACCGGCGGACUCAGGACCGGGAGACGGCAGGGACGACAAUGAUGCAGCGCUUCCGGAAGCUGGCACCUGGAGCCGCCAAGGAGCCCGAGCAGGUGCCCGAAUGGUUGUGGAACCUUGGGAUGUAGAGGCGUUUAGGGCCAUCCAAGCCUCCAUAGCGCCCAGGACACGGGUUGCCUACGACAAAAGGGUCAGGGCCUUUCUGCAGUUUAGAGCUCAGGUAGGAUUGGUCCAUGUGUGGCCUGUGCCGCCGGAACAGCUGAUGCAGUACCUGGUGCACCUCCGUGCCCAGGGGCUGGCGGUGAGCACCAUGGCCGGCCAUUUGGCUGCGCUGGCUUUCUUUGGGAAAGCAAGGGGCCUCCCCGACCAUUCUGGGGACUUCAGGGUCCGGCGCAUGCUGGAGGGCUGGGCGAGGGAGACGCCCGUGCAACCUGACCGACGUAGGCCGGUCACCCCAGAGGCGCUGCAGCUGGCACUGCGGCAACUUGCCGGGGUUUGUGCGUCUCCUUAUGAGGAGGUCCUGUUCAGGGCGGCAGCCUUGGUUGCUUUCUUCGGGGCCUUUAGGGUUGGAGAGAUGUUCCCCAGGAGCAGGCGCGGCCCCACAAGUAGGGUACUUCAAUUCAGUGACCUCACCGUGGGUGCUUCCCGGGUGGUACUGCACCUUAGGUUUUCAAAAACAGAUCAGAGAGGCAAGGGGCAGAGUGUCGCGCUGCAUGCCGCUGGUGACCCGGGCUUGUGCCCAGUCCGUGCACUGGAGGACUACACGGAGGCCAGGGGUUCAGCUAUGGGGCGCCUCUUUAUCCACGCUAAUGGGCGCCACGUGACCCAAUUCCAGUUUUGGGCGGUGAUGAGGAGAGCCUUUGUGGCGGCGGGGGUGCCUACCCAGGAUCUGGCCCCCCACUCCUUUCGGAUUGGGGCGGCUUCCAUGGCUGCUCGGAUGGGUUAUUCGGGCCUGGAAAUCCGGCGGCUGGGCAGGUGGCGGUCAGCGGCUUACCGCCGAUACGUGCGGUAGAUGGGCGCAUAAAUUCUGCCCCACCCCACCCCCACCCACGAACCAUUUAUUUGUGCCACUCCUAACGCUUUCUCCUCUUGCGCAGGGCCUCAGUCGGCUGGGCCGAGGGCGGCCGGGCAGCGCGCAAGAGUCCUCAUACUGGGCCAUUCCUUCAUUUUCUGGGCACGCAAGUGGGCGCAGAGCGCCGACCCUGGAACCCAGCUUGGUUUGGGGCGUUGGGCCACUGUG